UUCAAUGCAAAACAAACGUCAACGCUGCGGAGGCCAAUCUAGUUGCCUAGACAACUAGACGUGAUAUACAGGACAGGCUUCCAAAACGUUUGCGAAGUUGGCCUAAUUUCUAAAAUCAAAAGCCAAGUGGCUAAUUCACAUAACGUCAGCAUGAGAAAAUCAAUCAAACAAGGAAAGGAACGUAAAACUGCUCCAGCUGGGGUUGCUGAGAAUCAGAAAACUACUAAUAAGCCAGAAAUUGCAAAAAGCAAAGGGAAAAGAUUGGAUGAUGAGAAUGCACUGAACAGAGGAUUUGAUGAUCCAGAUGAUUGGAUGCAGCCAAAACAACUUAUAAAGCCAGAUGAUCAACUAGAUUUAAGUGAGACAGAAUUGAAAGAAGAAUUCACAAGAAUUUUGACUGCAAAUAACCCACAUGCCCCCAGUAAUAUUGUUAGAUACAGCUUCAAGGAAAACAGCUACAGGCAGAUACCCAAUGUUGAUCAGCUGGCAGUGCAUUUUAGUCUUGAUGGAAAUUUAUUACACAAAGAGUCUGAUGAAGCAAGAAGACAGUUGGUAAAAUAUGAUGGAAUUGGUGAUGAUGAGUUUACAGAGCCUGGGGAAGAUGAAACUGCAGAGGAGAAAGUUGAAGAAAAGGGGGAUAGGGAAGACAUGACACCAACUCCUGCCGUCAAAGACCAGAAGCUCACAAACCAGUUUAACUUCUGCGAGAGAGCAUCCCAAACUUAUAAUAAUCCUUACAGAGAGCGAGGAACGAUGACAGAGCCACCUCCUAGAGUAAAUUUUUCCGCCACUGCGAAUCAGUGGGAAAUCUAUGACGCAUAUGUCGAGGAUCUAGAGAGACAGGAAAAGAAUAAAGAGAAAGAAUCGAAAAAGCAAGGUACAGGGGGCAAAAGAGAUGACGACAAGAAAAAGAAAUCCAACCACUCUGAGAUUCAGAGCGAUGACAUUAGCAGAGUAGGAAGAGCUGCGAAGAUCGUUGAAAGAAUGGUGAACCAGAAUACUUUUGACGAAAUAGCACAUGACUUCAAAUAUUGGGAAGAUGAGUCAGAUGAAUUCAGAGAUCUGGAAGGCACCCUUUUACCCUUGUGGAAAUUUUCAUACGAGAAAGCAAAGCGCAUGACCGUAACUUCGUUGUGCUGGAGCCCGAAGUACCAAGAUUUGCUGGCGGUUGGGCACGGCUCUUAUGAUUUUCUGAAGCAAGGUGCAGGAAUGGUUUGCUUGUAUUCCUUGAAGAACCCAACCUAUCCCGAAUACAUAUACCCAACAGAAAGUGGCGUGAUGUCAUUGGAUGUUCAUGCGGAACACGGGAAUCUCUUUUGUGUUGGCUUUUAUGAUGGCAGCGUAGGUGUGUACAAUGUGGCUGAAAAGAAAGCACGACCAUUGUAUUUGUCGACUGCAAAAAGCGGAAAGCAUACUGAUCCUGUUUGGCAAGUGAAAUGGCAAAAAGACGAUCUCGAUGGCAACUUGAACUUUUUCUCUGUUUCUGCUGAUGGCAGAGUUGUUCAGUGGAUCAUUGUCAAGAGCGAGCUGCAUUUUACUGACGUCAUUCGACUGAAAAUGGAUGACGUAACAUCAGAUGGUCCAGAAGGAACUCAACUGACAACACUUGGCUGCGGAACUGCAUUCGAUUUUCAUGAGUCAAUUGAUUACCUCUUCCUUGUUGGAACUGAAGAGGGCAAAAUUCACAAAUGCUCUAAAGCAUAUUCGACCCAGUAUCUUACGACUUAUAAUGCUCAUCAUAUGGCAGUUUAUUCUGUCAAGUGGAAUCCUUUCCACUCAAAGAUUUUUAUCUCAUGCAGUGCCGAUUGGACAGUCAAAAUCUGGGAUCACACAUUGCAGGAGCCAAUUUUCACCUUCGAUUUGAAUAGUGCAGUUGGAGAUGUUGCCUGGGCGCCAUAUUCAUCCACUGUAUUUGCUGCUGUGACGUCAUCUGGCACGGUUGUGGUCUAUGAUUUGAGUCUUAACAAGUAUGAGCCUGUAUGUGAGCAAUUUGUUGUACACAAGAAGAAGACAAAAUUGACACACAUUGAAUUCAACCCUGUUCACCCAAUGAUCAUAAUUGGAGAUGACAGGGGCUACGUCACAUCUCUGAAGUUGUCGCCAAAUUUGAGAAAAGCCACACACCCCAAGGAAAAAGCAAAAGGGCCGGAAAACGAGGUUGCUAAGAUGGAAAAGCUGCUGAGUUUGGUGAGAGAGCCUGCAGAAAAAGCAAACAGUUAAGAGAAACUCGAAGAAUUUCUUUGUAGAUACUAAGCUGUGUAAAUAUUUUUCUUUAUUCGCGCUCGAUGUGACGUAUUGUAUCAUGUUAUCGUAUUCUUAGUGUGUCUCCCAUUAAUUGUUUUGUACUAAGAGAGGAGAUAUCAAAAUUGAUGGGUUCAGUAUGGUUGAUCUAGUUUGAA